AUUUAUAUCCAUUCUCUCCCACGCACAAAAAACCAUUAUUCAAUUUCAUUUCAACCCCUUCCCUCUCUCCAUUAUUGUUAUUGUUAUUCAUUCACACACUUCCCCAUACACACUUUUACCCUUUUACCCAUGCUUCCUACUGAUUCUCCGGCACCGUCCAACCAACAUUUCAGAGGAGUUCGUAAGCGUCCAUGGGGGCGUUUCGCCGCCGAGAUCCGCGAUCCAUGGAAAAAAACUCGCAAAUGGCUCGGCACCUUCGACACCGCCGAAGAAGCCGCUAGAGCUUACGAUGACGCCGCCAGAGCUCUCCGUGGACCAAAAGCAAAAACCAACUUCUCUUACUUCGUUGCUCCUACUAUUCUUCCACUUUCUCAGCCUCACGACGGUGGUAAUGGAAGACCGGUUGAGUUUUGGGGUCCGCCGGUUUAUUUUACCGCCGGUGCUCCGGUGAGAUCGGAGUAUAAGGGUUAUAAGUUGGAGAAUAUUGUGGUGAGUAAGGAGGAGGUGGAGGAGAAGAAGCCGUUUUUGUUUGAUCUUAACUUGCCGGCGCCGCUUGUUUGAAGAACUCGCCGGCGGUUAGUGUCGGUUUGGACGGCGAUGAGGACAGGACAUAUAGUAGUGGUUUAAUUUUGUUUUGUUUUGUUUUUAAUGAAGGAUUAAUUAGGAUAAGGAUUAAGGAUUUGGUUUUUAUUAAUAACUUUUUUGAUGUUGUGAACUUUGUUACUAGUAAUGUACAGUUUUGUUUGGAAGCA